ACUCGUCGCGAGCGGUUGCAGCCCAGAACGUCGUUCCGUCGUCCUCGCCGUUUAACAGCAUUUUACGUAAAAUAAUUCUCCGAAUGUGCUGCGUGUGUUCUAUGCAAAUGCGUAAUAAAAAAUAAAGGUGUUUAAAUCCAAAUCUGCAAAUGUAAUAAAACAGCAGACGAGUGUGCAGAAUCUACAAGCCAAAUAAAAUAAUUCUAUUACUCCCACUGAGCGCGAAAAGAAUGGCAAUAUAACGGAAAUAAACAAAGCGUAAAGCGAGAAUUUUCGACUUUUAACGGGCCGCGCUUUUGUGACAUCGACGCCGUCAGCGCUGUGCUGAAGUUAGGCUUUGUUUUCUAAUUGGAAUUGCAUUGAUUGAUUGAAUAGCAGCAGCGACUGUGCCGUUAUUCGGCAUGCGAAACGAAAUGCAAAAUUGCAAAGUGUGACCAGAGUGUGUUCAAUUUCCAACUGACAAGUGAAAAGUUACGAGCAUUGCAAUUGUUCUUCUUCUUCUCUUGCUCUGCUUGAAUUCAAUUAAAUUGUGAAACACACACACACACACGCACACACGCACACAGUUAAAUAGCACAGUCAACAAUGUGUGUGUGUUUAAGUGCGUUAUGUGAGCAACAAUAAAAUAUAUAAAUUACAAUUAAAACAGGAUUAAUUGAAGCACAACACGAAAAAUAAUAAACAACUUUCAUUCAGCUGAUAAGAAAUUUAUAUGCAUUUCGCAUUGAUAAGGUAUGUCCACUCGCCGACAGGUGGCGCAUAAAUCGCAUGAUUCGAUUUGUCGCAGCGAUACAGAAAAAGCUAUGCUAUAAUUGCCAACAAGAGAUUUAGAGCAGUCAGAGUAAAAUUAGAAAAAGCACGCAGUCAGCAAUGACGUCCAAUAAUUGGUGAUAUUGCAUCACAUACAACAUAAAUUGAAGACAAAUAACUCAAUCAGCGCAGCAGCAAAAACCUCGCAGGAAACAACAAGCCAACCAACAAAAAUAAAAGGCUGACGAAACGAACAGCAAAAUGGCAGCUAACAGAAACAAAAACAACAGCGACUGCGACAUAAGCAACAACAACAACAGCAAUAACAACACUGACAGCGACAGCAGCACAAACAACUCACACACAAAGUGGCAACACGACAGCAACAGCAAACCUCCAGCAUCCUGCCACACAGCAUUUUCAUCGUCAUCGUCAUCGCCGCUGUUGUUGCACAUUCUCCUGCUGCUGCUGCUACUCUUGCUGCACUCGCCGAGCAGCACGAACGCCUUCUGCCCCUCAAAGUGCCAGUGUCUGGGCGGCGAUGCCAAUAGUCGCGCCCUGUGUGUGGACGCAGCACUCGAGGAUGUGCCCAUCCAACUGAAUCCGGAGACAAAGUACAUCAAUCUGACACUGAAUCGUAUACGUAAUCUCGAGUUUACACUCCCCUUCUACAUGAAGUUGGAGGUGCUCGAUCUGUCGCAGAACAUCAUCGAAACCCUCGGCUCCAAAAACUUUGAGUAUCAAACGGAAUUGCGUACUCUGAACUUGAGCAGAAAUCUUGUAAGUGCGCUGCAUAAGCACGCCUUUAAGGGAUUGACGAAUCUGCUAUUGCUGGAUCUCAGCUACAAUCGCAUCGAGACAGUGCAUCCGACGGCGUUGGGCGAUCUGGCGGCAUUGGUGGAACUCGAUUUGACGAACAACAAUAUUGUUAGCCUCGAGGACAAUUGCUUCAAGGGCAUGCAAUCGCUGGAGGUGCUGGUGUUUCGCAACAAUCGCCUGCUCGACAUACCGGCGAGCAAUCUGUGGCAUUUACAUGCGCUCAAGAGUCUGGACAUGUCCGACAAUCUCGUUGAGUUUGUUCGCAACGAUAGCUUCGAGGGCUUAAAGGAGCUGCUCGCCCUCAGUGUGCGGGGCAAUGUGAUGAGCGAGCUGGAUGUGGGCGCUUUUGAGGGACUCAUCUCGCUGAAACAUUUGGAUCUAUCGGAUAACAAUUUGACGAUGGUGCCCACGCAGCAGCUCUCGAAACUUUCGAAUCUCACUUAUUUGAACUUGGGUGGCAAUCGGUUUGCACACUUGCCCGCGGUGGCAUUUUUAAACUUGUUUCAUUUGCGCGAAUUGCACUUGAGCCGUUUGGACUUUUUGCAGCGUAUCGAUUCGAGAGCCUUUGUGGACAACACGCAUCUGCAGACACUGCACCUGAACUACAAUCCACAGCUGAGCGACAUACCGAUGCGUCUCUUCCAGGGCAAUCCCAAUAUACUCGAAGUCUACAUGCAGAGCAAUAGCUUGCAGACACUCUACUCCGCCCAGUUCCCAGUUGAUCAGCUGCAGAAGCUCUACCUCGGCGACAAUCCGCUGCAAUGCAACUGCUCGCUGCUCUGGCUCUGGCGUCUGGUCACCGGUAACUUUGAGGGCUCCGAACCACCGCUGGAACACGCUGCAGGCGGAGCUGUGGCUGCGCUGGCAAACGAUGCGGCUGCGCUGCGGGACGAAGAUGACACGGCCACAGCCAAAGCUGAUGAUGGUGUGGCUGCCCUGGCUGCCUAUAUUGCCGAGCAGCACAUUGCGAAUGCGCUGCAAACGACCGAGCCAAGCACCUAUGAGCAGCGCCUAGAAGCAGCGGCCAGCGUGAGUUCGAGCAGCAGCAGUGCCGGGUAUCUGCGCAUGGAUAAGCAGCAGAUUGGCUGCGACAUUUGGCGAGAUGCGGUGCGAACGCGACGCCAGCUGCUGACCAUGACUGAGGGCGAAAUCACGUGUCCGGCGCACAUUGUGACCGUGGUCUGUGCGGUCAUCACGUGUCUGCUGGUGCUGAUGAUUGGCAUCAGUGUGCUGUACUAUCUGCGCUUCGUGAAGCGACGCCGCAAGCUGUUGCACGAACGCGGUCCCAUGCGCACCAGCAAGAGCAUCAUCAAUGUGCAUGACCGCAUCCUGCAAGCACAUCAUCAGCCCCUCGGCGGUGGCGGCGGUGCCGGCAUGAGUAUGACACUUGGCGGCUCCAAUGGCUGCGGUGGCCUUGGCGGUGGUGGCAUGGGCAUGGCACUGAACUAUCCGCAUCAUGCGCAAACGCUGCAGGCGCAUCAUCAUUACCAUCAGGCGAUGCCGUUGCAGUCGCAUGGCGGCAUGGGUCAUGAGUAUCAGCAGACGACGCUGCCGCAGCUAGAUAAGUUGGAGCUGGAGCGUUAUCUGGCGGCGCAGUCGAUAGCAAACGAGUACAGAGCCCUCAAGCCCUGGGAGCUGCCCGUGAAGGAUGCGGACGAUGAGCCCGAGCAUCUGUACGAGCGUUUCGAUCACUACGAGUAUCCCGAUACGCAUACCAUGACCAAGCUGAAGCAGGCGGCGGCGCUUCAGGGCAGCGCUGUGUCAGCGGCAGCCGCUGCCGGUGCUGGUGGCAAGCCGCAUGUGGUCUACGUAUGACGUGGACGCGGUGGACAGCAGCAGGCACAGAAGCGGGAGAAGCAGGAGAUGGAGAUGGAAAUGGUGGGCCUUGGACUGACCAACAAUAACUAUCGCAGCUAUGUUCAGUGCCAGACUCAGACCAAGGCCAGUGGCCACUUUUGAAAAGCAAAAGCAAAAGCAAAAAACAGGGAAAUAGAAGCAGCAGCAGCAAAAGUAGAAAGCAUCACAUUAAGUGAGGUUAGGUUAUGUGUUUAAUUGAGGUUAUGUUCGAAACUCCUUGAUUUCCUAGUGUCUUUUAUCAUUUUUCAAUUAUUCGAUA